CGGAGAGUCACCUGGACCCCGAUGGCUUGACGACAUCUCUAAUCUCAUACCGUGGGAUCGCACGUGAUGCGCGUUUGAUUAUCUCUACGUUUUGGCUGCCUGACCGAAAUGUCAUCUGUUUGAACAGGGGGCAAAUAUGAAGAGAAGAGAGUGAACCUUUCAAAAGGGGGGGGGGAGAGGUAAAUCGGGGGAGAAUGUAGAAAUAGAGAAUCAAAUAAAAAAGAGAGAGGGAGGGAGAGAGAGAACGGAUAGACUGCAGAGGUACUGUAGGCUAUAAAAUACAGCUACCACAGAAAACUGUGAAAGAAGGACAGCAAGGUAUGCAGCUGGCGAGAGAGCGAAAAGCUGAGGAACAAGUGGAGGAGAGAGCGAAGCACUGUUCCUAUGUUUUAUACCCCAUUACUGGAUUCCCUGCCUGGAACACAGACCAACGAUUUGGGGUUUGGAAGGAGAAAUUGUUUAAUGGUCGUGAUAAACGUUUAGAAAACCUCCUGUCUUGGUCGUCUUUAUUUCUUGACCAUGCACCUGAGCGUCCACACGGUCCUGUUCCUGCUGGUGACCCACUCACUUGUUCCUGAUGUGGUUAUGGGGGGCAGAGCGCAGCGCAGACAGAGACAGGUAGAGGCCAGUCUGAGACCGUAUAUCGGCAGGGUGGACCCAGCCCAGCUGUGUGAGUUGCUGAAAUGCCGCAGUCCGAUAGGCUCCUGGUGUCAGGUGGUUCCAGAGCACGGCCUCCUGGUCCCCAAGUGUGUGUGUCCCCAGACCUGCCCCAGGAAGAGGGCGCCAGUGUGUAGCGUUCUGGGGAAGACGUACCGGAACGAGUGCCUGCUACAUGAAGAAGCCUGUCGCAAGAGACGCCGCAUAGGACUGGCGCACACAGGACCUUGUCUGGUUCCGCAGGCAAACUGCACAGUGGAGGAGUUUGGUCAGUUUCCGUACCGCCUCUUGGAUUGGUUCCUCCUGCUGAGUCGCAUGGGCAAGUCUUACACCCCCGCGGCACCUCCCCAAAGCUGCCUUAGCCACGCCCGGAGGACGGAACUAGCCCAGAGGAGGUUUACCUUGCUGGACAGGAACAGGGAUGGUAAACUGAGCAGAAGAGACCUCAGGAAACUGCGUUACAAGAGGAUGCCUCUGGAGCACUGCGCUACAGACUUCUUUAAGUGAGUGG